AUGCUAGCCGAGGAAGUUGAUGAUUGGUGGAUCAACACUCGUCAUGUGUUGGAUGUUGCAGCUGAAGUUGUAACUUGGGUUGUGUUCAGCAUGGAAUUUGUAAGAAAGAGGUUUCCAGAGUUGGUGAACAACUGUAGAAUUUAUGAAGAUGAUAGUACGACUCAGUCGGCUCACUACAGGGGGCAAUAUCUGAACUGUGGGAAGCCAUAUAGUGCUCCAGUUGAUAAAGGUAAACAAAGAGUUACUGAUGGUAAGAGGCCAAGUGGAGGAGGUGCUCUUACUCCUCUUAAGUGCUAUAGGUGCGGUGAGUUUGGUCAUCGUAUCAGUGAAUGCAAGAGUGAUGUGAAGAGGUGUUACAAGUGUGGGAUGUCAGGACAUCUGGUUGCUGAUUGCAGAGAGAAUAUGGUGACUUGCUAUAACUAUGGUGAACCAGGACAUAUCAAUACUCAUUGCUCGAAGCCUAAGCAAAUCUCAGCUGGAGGAAAAGUGUUCGCUCUGAAGGGAACUCAAACUUUCAGUGAUGACAAGUGUCAUACCCCAAUUUUGUCCGAGCAUUUUUAA